AUGUCUUCUUCGGCUGAGAGUAAGAUGCUCCUAGAGCAUCUUCACAAGCUCUCUAUGCAGCACGAGCGCGAGCAGGCUUCCCAAGCCAGCUCUUUGGCCUCUCAGAAGGCAGGUUCUGUCUUGGAUCAUCAGACUACGUCUGUUGCCGAUCGCAAGUCCCCUGGAUUCUCUUCGAUCUCCUCUGAGGAUCCUGAGCGAGGUGUUUCCUUGGAUGUCUCUUCCCUCAGAGGCAGCCCCAACAGCUUCCCUGGCCGUUCCGAAGCCGUUGGCAAGGCUUUGCGCCCGACUAUGUCAGCCACUGCCGCUGUUCGCGCGCAGGAUGCUCCUGUUCAGGCCGAUGAAGACAUCUUCAACGACGCUGUUGUUAAGGGUUCGCGACCCAUCGUCGUGUCAUCUUACUCUCUGAAUCAGAGCCACAUACAGCAGGUGGAAGUGAAGAACGACAACGUAUCCCCCACCAAGGAUCGCUCUUACAACAAGUUUGUUGGCGCCAUCGAUCCUCAGGCGACUUGGCCCUCAACCGCCUGUGUCUUCGUUGCCAAUCUUCCUGAGCACAGAGAGGACUGGACUCUUGAGGCUGCUGUCACCAAGGAGUUUGAGCGAUUUGGAGUUGUCUUCGUGAAGAUUCGCCGCGACAACCAAGGCAUGCCCUUCGCUUUUGUCCAAUUCACUAACGACGCAAGCGCCAAUGAAGCUCGUGUCAGAGGCAAAGGAAUGAUGAUCCUUGGUCGUCCCUGCCGAACAGAGACUGUCCGCGCCAACCGCACCUAUAUCAUCUAUCGGCGCAACAGAUCUGCCAUCACCUUGGAAGAGGCUAACGAGCUCCUUUCUCCCUUCGGUCGACUUGAAACCGCGCGUUUCCUUGACAACCAGAUUCAGGAGCAGAUGCGCCUUCCUGUCACUAUCCGGGUCCAGUUCAAGGACUUCGACCCAAGCCAACAGGUUCUCAGAGCGUUCCGCUUGAACAAGGUGUACAAGGUUGAAGCAUAUGAUUUCAAGAAGGCCAUGCAGGCCAGAGCUCGUCACCCUGAUCGCAAGUUCCUUGACCACUACGAUCGUGAUCGUCGCUCCAUCUUUAUGACGGACCUUCCCCUCGAUACCACUGAGCAAGACAUCCGAGGCCUCAUGGAAGAUGUCGGAGGAGUGGUUUCGGUCCAAAUGAAGCGCAUGGAGUACCCUCAUGAUGGGCCCAAGCUCAUCGCGUUCGUCGAGUUCACGAACGCUAGCCUUCCUGACAUGGCCAUUGAGAGAUACCACAACAACAUGGUUGGUGGUUUCCCCAUCCGUGUUGAGCGUCGCACCGACAAACGUCGUCGCGAGCCCUUUACACCCGCUCGAGUUUCCUGCAACGUCAUCAAUGAUCAUGAUGGCAUGGACAUGGUUGGCAAAGGCCCUUCCACUCCAGUUCGAGAGCAGCGUGGCACUCUUUCCAUCGAAGCCGGUUCUGCCAACUUCAGCCAGGAUGCUGUGCAAGUUACUCCACUCCGAAGUGAGAUGUGCCCCCCCAUGGCGCAGAACGCCAUGCAGCACAACAUUGGCCACGUUCACCAGAACACCCAGGGCAUGCAGAUGCAGAUGCCAAUGGUGGCUCAGCAGGCUGUCGGUCCUGCUUUCAAUCAGGCUUCUCACCAAACUCCUGUGCAGGUUCCUCACCAGGGUCCGAUGCAGUUCCCUAUGGCGCCUCCUCCCCUGCCUCACCCUCAGCAGAUGGGUACGCCCAUGAUGCCUCCUCCCAACAUGGGUUGCUCUCCCUUUAUGCCUAGCCCCUACUCUCAGGGUCCUGGCUCAGCCUACGGCUUCAUGACUCCUCAGCAGUCUCCUGCACCUUUCUGGGGCUACGGUAACGGUACUCCUCUCUGGACCCCGUUCCCUAUCGAUCCUGCUGCUUUCAUGGCGUACACUUCGCCGGUUCCCCCUCCUCGAUCCAACGCUGGAGUUGGUCUUGGUCCUGUCGCUUCCGCUCCAGUGGAGGCUAGCCAGGUGACUCAGUCUGAGCCUGUUAUGGUCGACAAGACCCUCACCGAUUCCAACCAGGGCCAGAACGAAGAGCACUGA